GGAAACGAGUUGUUUAUUGUGUUAGCCGUGAGCUAACCCACCAUGCCCUUUAUUUAGCUGCCUUUCGAUGCCUAUCGGUAGAGUUAUCGCACUGAUUUGACACUUUGAGCAAACGUUUUAUAUUUCAUUUAUUUAUUUUCAAUCUUAUACACAAUAGAAAUGUCAGCUUGCUAGCUACGGUAGUCUCUAGUUAAAAAUAUCUCCUUUUCCGUUUCGAAGAUGAAAAUAUUAUUAAUUGGACCUAGUGAGUGUGGGAAAACAGCAUUGGCGAAUUUUCUCUCAGACACAACAGAAACAAUCGGAGCUGAUUACAGCCCAACACAAGGUGUAAGGAUACUUGAGUUUGAAUCGCACAGUUUAUCAAAUGGCAACAAAAAUUCAGCAUGUGAUGUGGAACUAUGGGACUGUGCGGGUGAUUUCAAGUUUGAAUCAUGCUGGCCAGCUUUGAUGAAAGACUCCAAUGGAGUAGUUAUUGCAUUUAACCCAGAUGUGCCCAGUCAUCUAAAGGAAUUAGAGACCUGGCACUCUACGUUCAUCUCAUCACAGGGUCUACAGGAGGCCCAGUGUCUGCUAAUAGCACACCAUAAACCAGGGAGCGGGGCUGACACUAACCGUCCACCAUUAGCCCCACAGUUAAACAAGUUGCCUCUCAUUCACUCAAACCUUGAGGACGAGCCUGAAGACGUCCGACAGGAGUUCCACAAAUACUUGGGACAUGUUAUGCGGAUGCUAUCAGAAAAUCAGGAGCGAGAAGAAAUGUCAAUAAUAACAUAAUUUUGUACAUAAUAUAACAAAAUGCACAUAAUAUAUACACAUGUAUUUUUCUUUCAGCUUUUGUAUUUUUCCUCACAACUACAUUAAAAUUACUUUGACCUGGUAAAAUGAUUUUCUUCACAUUUAAAUUCACUUUUUUUGUCAUACAAAUUAACAUGUGACGAACUGUAAUUUAUAUCCAUAAAUUCCACCAUCUAUCAGACUAAAAUUUAACAUUAAUGUAACACUUUCCUGGGUACACUCACUGACAUGUUAUA